AUUUGUUGUACUAUAUUCAGGAUGGGUGCAAAAUAAUAGAUCAUCCACUGUCUCAACUUCUUAUAAUCACUAGGGUAGACGAGGAUAGAGAUAAAAGGAUAGAGAGUGGGCGAAUGUGAGGGGUGAAGUGUAGUGUACGUGAGAUGUUCGGUGUUGUAGGAAAACUUUGCUCGUAAAGCAGCCGGCCGGAUCCGGGAACCGUGUUAUACCGCGAGUGAAGGGAGAAGUGGGUUUUGGAGGACAAAUAUAAUGUGGUGGAUAAUCUGCAUAUUCCUGUUCCUGCCGGGAUCAGUGAUAUCGAGGCCACGGUGCGGAGGAACGCACACGGCAGCCCGGGGUGUCAUCCAAUCCCCCAACUUCCCCAACAAGUUCCCAGUUCCGAUUCACUGCGAGUGGAUCAUCGACGCCCAGCACGUGACAUCUCCGAAUUCCACGAUCAAGGUGUACUUCACUCAGCUGUUCGUGUUUGAAGGGUUAUCCUUCAAGGAAUACCAGAUCUACGAUUCCACUUAUCAACUGAAUGGCAGGGAUAUACAUACGGUUACUGAAACUAAUGUGACUAAAGUGAGCGUGAUCGAAAGUAAACAGGAUUAUCUCGUGAUAACCUUAAAGCUGGAUACCAUUGAAAGCACUCAUCUGCGGGUGCUCGAUCAUCUGCUCGAUGUUUAUGGUUUCAACAUCACCUAUGAAAUUAGUCCUGGCCCACCUCGAAUGGAUCGGUGCACGAUGAUGGAUUGUGGUUUCACUGGGACUUGUUAUGAUCACUACACGCGCUUCAGCUGCGAUUGCUUCGAUGGCUACGAAGGGCCGAAGUGUUCGGAAGGACCGAAUUCCCUUUGCACCCCGGAUAUAUGCAAGAACGGCGGCACGUGCACGCACAUCGGGGACUCCGCAGUCAGAUGCGAAUGCGGACCAGGAUUCACAGGAGAGUAUUGCGACGCUCGGUUCACGCCCCCUGCGAAAGAAUGUGAGGAUUGUUUAUUGAGCUGUCCAUUCGAUGGUCGAGAGGAGAACAUCUGCAAAUGUCCUGGGAACGGGGAAUCCCCGAACGAAACACGGAAUACCGAUGCAGUAGUCGCCUAUGCGGUCACAAUUAAGCUCAUGAACGUUUCCAACAUGAAAGCUGCACAACUUAGGGGAUACAUCGAGGGUCAU